ACAGAACAGAAUACCUUAACUCACAGGACAGAAUAUCUCAACACACAGGACAGAAUAUCUCAACUCACAGGACAGAAUAUCUCAACUCACAGGACAGAAUAUCUCAACUCACAGGACAGAAUAUCUCAACUCACAGGACAGAAUAUAUCAACUAACAGAACAGAAUACCUCAACUCACAGGACAGAAUAUCUUAA